UUUAGGACACCGCGGCCCAUCACGUGGCCAGACGCGUCGUGUUUGUAUAUAACGCGGUGGCCAAACUGAGGAGAACCUUACUUCAAUCCGCUACCGCCAGCACCACUCAUCACCACUACCACUACUACUUGACUCGACUUGCCUUUAUUAAUUGCCAUGGCUCGUACCAAGCAAACAGCUCGCAAAUCUACUGGAGGAAAGGCUCCUCGUAAACAAUUGGCUGCCAAGUCAUCAGCGCGUAAAACUGCUGCGGCUGCUGGUGGUGUGAAGAAGCCUCAUCGAUUCCGUCCUGGGACUGUUGCUCUUCGUGAGAUCCGGAGGUAUCAAAAGUCUACGGAGUUGCUUAUUCGGAAGUUGCCUUUCCAACGAUUGGUUCGUGAGAUUGCUCAGGAUUUCAAGACUGAUCUGCGAUUCCAAUCGUCUGCUGUGAUGGCGCUUCAAGAAGCAGCUGAAGCAUACCUUGUGUCUCUGUUUGAGGACACUAAUCUUGCUGCGAUUCAUGCGAAGCGUGUUACUAUUCAGCCUAAAGAUUUGGCUUUGGCUCGUAGGUUGAGGGGAGAGCGCUCGUAGAUACUUGGCAUUGACGUUUUUUUCUUUUUCGUUUUGUUUAUUAUCAUUGUAUCUGUACUUGUAUCCCUUUACUAUAUUCCUUUGCCUACGUCGUUUUCAAUGAGACAACUGGCAACGCUAUUGUAUCAUGGUGACUGGUGUCCGAAUGUUCCUUCAAAUUGAGUAUGCGCAUUCCUAUCCUCGCCUUGUUCUUCUAUGAUUGACAUCAAGUCUGUCGUCAUAGGCUCUCUAAACUAGCGCCGAAUAUAUUGUUACCUUCACACCAUAGCGAUCCUGAUUGUUGUCUCUCCGAUCAAUGGUAGUGCUGAGAUGAUCUCUUUCAGCCCUUGUACUACGCCAGGGUGUUUCCAAUAUUCUUGAUUCAUUAAUGGUGAGAGCUUAUUUCCGAGCUUUUGGGUCAGUUCGCCUGCAUCCCCGGU